UACUAGUUCUUUAUUACCGGACUGCAAGUUUACCGUGUAAGUUACGAACUUGAACUAGUCUCCGCUCGCAGCAUUGCUCCGUCUCGCCCCCUCUCAACCGAGCCCUUGUUGAAUAAAAGAAGGCUGAGUACAAAGGUCAGGCGAACUCUAACCCCGACAAGUGGUAUCAAAAUGACCGUAUCCUGUCGGUCACUAACGCGCUGGACAGAAGUCCCGUUGAGAAUCCAGUGCGCCUGGACGCUUCUGCACAAGACCGCGUGUAUGUGCCAGAGCGGAGAAUCCAGGCACUACUGCUCCGGGGUGCCCAGGAGAAGGGUUGUGAUGACUGGCAUAGGACUUGUCUGCCCUCUGGGCGUAGGGACAGCUCUUCCCUGGAACCGUUUGAUCAAGGGGGAAAGUGGGAUCGUUGCUCUUGACCCAGAGGAGUACAAGACCGUCCCCUGCAAAGUCGCAGCGCUAGUGCCCAGGGGAGACGAGGAGGGUCGGUAUAAGGAGGAGCGGUUUGCCUCUCGUGGGGAGAUCAAUGCCAUGUCACCAGCCACAGUGAUGGCUAUUGGAGCUACUCAGCUGGCGCUGGAAGACUCGGCGUGGUACCCCGAAACGCCACAGGAACAGCUGACUACAGGGGUGGCUGUGGGUAUGGGCAUGGUGUCGCUAGAUGAGAUAGCUCGCACAUCUGUUGCCUUCCGAGACAAGGGGUAUAACAAAGUCAGCCCGUUUUUUGUACCUCGCAUCCUUGUCAACAUGGCUGCUGGCCAUAUCAGCAUAAAACACAAGCUGAAAGGCCCCAACCAUGCCGUGUCCACAGCCUGCACCACAGGAGCUCAUGCCCUUGGUGAUGCUGCCAGGUUUAUCGCUCAUGGGGAUGCAGUUGUUAUGGUUGCAGGGGGGACAGAGUCCUGUGUGAGUCCUUUGUCCAUAGCUGGCUUUGCCAGGGCACGUGCCCUGGCCACCAAAUGGAACGACAGCCCCAAGCUGGCAUCAAGGCCUUUUCACCCAGAAAGAGAGGGCUUUGUGAUGGGUGAGGGAGCUGCAGUGGUCUUGUUAGAAGAGCUCAACCAUGCGGUGAAGAGGGGUGCCAGGAUAUAUGCAGAAGUCCUUGGCUACGGACUUUCUGGGGAUGCUAGUCACAUCACUGCACCCACUGCAAACGGAGAUGGAGCAUUUCGGUGUAUGUCAGCAGCUCUCCGAGAUGCCGGCGUGCCACCAGAAACCGUGACGUACGUGAACGCCCACGCCACGUCCACGCCAUUAGGGGACGCGGCCGAGAACACUGCCAUCAAGAGACUCUUCCGAGAACAUGCCCAGAAUCUUGCUGUGUCUUCCACCAAGGGAGCCACGGGGCAUUUGCUAGGGGCAGCAGGAGCCCUGGAGGCGGCCUUCACUGCGCUAGCCUGUUACCACGGGGUCUUGCCGCCCACUCUCAACCUGGACCACACCGAACCGGAGUUUGACCUCAAUUAUGUUCCCCACACAGCACAGCAAUGGAGGUCGCCGGGCCGACGGAUCGCCCUCACCAAUUCGUUUGGAUUCGGUGGCACUAAUGCCUCGCUGUGUCUCGGCAGUAUGGAAUGACAGUGUACGAAGAAAGUACAUGGUGGUAACCCUGUGGUAACACGUGAGGUGUCGAGCCUUGUACGGAGGUGGAGUAGAUGUGCCUGUCUGUUGUCGUCCUGCACACCCUGUUUUCAAGAAAUUAUGGACUUAAUGCCCGAUGUAAGACAGGGUGUGACUGCUCAACAGGAAUCCUCUGUGUUGAAAAAGAAUAGGCUGUCUGUGUUUAUAUGUGUAAAUACCGUCGCGACAGAGACUCGACAUUGUGAUGGAAACGGCGAUGGAAAUUCCAGAUUUAUGUAUCAACCAAUACAGCUCGGAAAAGGCGCAUGAACAUAGUUGAAAUACCUGGGAAAUACCAAAUUGAAACGUUUUGUCAUCACGACUGAACUCACAUUCACCAGUCGUUAAAUAAUGCUUAAUAAGAAUGGUGAGUUACCACUGUUAUAUGUUUCCAUAACAACCGUCUCCAAACCUUGUGCCACUGAGUGCUGUGUAUGUGCAGGUAUUCAUUCCAACUAAACACUACUUGCUGAUUUUACCAAUAAGGUGAAAUGGUGAUGCAACG